CCCACACAGUUACCACGAGAGCGCCGGAGCGAUCUCUCACGUGAUUAGCGCAGGAUUGCUGGCUCCCCACACAGUUACCACGAGAGCGCCGGAGCAGGAUUGCUGGCUCCCCACACAGUUACCACGAGAGCGCCGGAGCGGGAUUGCUGGCUCCCCACACAGUUACCACGAGAGCGCCGGAGCGGCAAUUAUGCCUUUCACUACCAGAAUUACAAAAGCAGUCAAAAUGGCCGAAACUCUCAAAAUGGCCGCCAAUGAAAGGCCUAUACGGGUCUUUUCUCUCUUCAUGUCAGAUUUGCAUAACCAGAUUCAGUGCCGGUUCACUCGUCCAUAAAGGAUUUAUCGCAAAGGAGUGCCUUUACACAGGACCUUGACUAGUGCAUGCAGGUACAGUGAGAUGUUUUCUUCUUUGACGAACAAGGUUCAGCAGCACACCUACAGCUACAGGAUUCCACGAGGCAGCAUGAAUAUCAAAGUUGUAAUCAUCCUGCUAGUGUUACCAUCCAUAUGUCUCGGACAAAAUGCUCCAGACCCACUAUACGGCUAUUUUGCAGAAGUCGCUGGACAAGAUGGUCAAAUAAGUGUAAAUGAAUUGCAGAGGGCUUUGACGGCGUCAGGUAUAAUUGGAUCUUAUCGAGUUUUUAGCAGAGCAACUUGUGCUAUACUGAUUAGCGUUCUGGACCGUGAUUAUUCUGGUAAAAUGGGCUUAAAUGAGUUUCAAGAGAUGUGGACUGCACUCAAUCAGUGGAAAGAAUCGUUCGCGCGCUUUGACAGUGAUCGCAGUGGUGAAAUAGAAGCCCAUGAGUUACAAAGUGCACUCAGUGCAUUCGGAUAUGACUUAUCACCGCAAGCACAGGGCGUAAUAUUCAAACGAUUCUCUGAAGAUGGGAAUAUGCCAUUUGAUGACUAUGUAUUCUGUUUGGUCAAGCUGAGAGCAAUCACAGAUCAUUUCAGAAGACGUGAUGCUAGUCAGAAUGGAUAUGCAACCUUUAAGUAUGAUGACUUCAUCCAAGUCACCAUGAUCUAUUAGCAUGAAGAGUCUUGAUAUGACUGACUGUGAAGCUGUCAUCGCAUCUUAUGCCAAAUUUCAUGACGCUGCUAAGACAACAAAUUUGCUUAGCAUGAAACUGAUUCCUUGAUAAAAACAGGAUUAGGCCUACCAACCAAAUUUCCAUUUGUUUGAAAAUCACGUGAACAUUUUGGUUGAUAUUCUGUUUUUCUCAAGGCAAACAUGUCACGCUAAGCAAAUUUGUGUGCUUAGCAGCUCUAUGAAACUGGGCCCAGGUUUCAGUGAGCAUCUUACAGAGUUACCCUAGGAUUACGUUAUGCUAAAGGGUUGUUGUUUGGGUGGAUGGGUGGAUGGGUGGGGCUGGUUUUGAAAUGUGAAAUCAAGUUCAUUUGUUGUAUACUACGGGGCGGUUGUAAGCACGGUCUGAAUGUGGCUGCUGCUUGAUGUUGUGGCUGCUGCUUGAUGUCACGAAGCAUAUGUCCAUCAUAGCGACACCCCGUAGAGAGCAAGUUCGAGUGGGCACAUUUAGUCGACCCGUGGUCGACUACUGACCAGCAUCGUACGUGCGCCGUGAUGCACUCACUCAAACGACUCAUUUGGAAGUCUAGUCAACCUUCCGCCUUUUCGCUUCAGUGUCACUGGUUCCCCUCUGCGCUUUACACA